CAGGACAAACUUCCCUCCACUUUACAGCCCUCCCUCCGGUCAUCUAUGGGGGACCACAUUUAAAAUGUAACCCCACCUGAAAUCUCCCAGAGACCAAUCAGCUACAGAAAGGUCAGAGCGAACGGCACACCCUCCUUUGUUCAAAGCCAAUCAGAGUGGAAGUGUGGCAUUUUGCCUGAGGGCAAAACUUACCCCUGGAUGCAUUAAUUACGCAUCACUAAGCUGUUGCCAAUGUGUUCACAACGGUGGACUAUCUUUUGGGCUUUUUGCUGCAGUUGUCUUCAUUCUUCAGUCUGUUUAGUAUGGAAAGUAGACAACAAUGGCUUACCAGGCUGAAAAACGAACUUAGCAACAGUCCUCUGGUGUCAAAUGUGGCUUUUGGGUUCAUCCUCAUGGGACUAGAGAAACUCGUGGAGCUGGAGUUUGAGUGUCCUUGCAACCCUGCGUGGAACGGAGCAUUUUCAUCAGCGUUCUUCAUCAUCCCUGCCGUCAUGGCCUUCACCUUGAUGCAGAUCAUCCAGGGGUGCAGGUGCAAUGCGUGGUGCAGGAAAACGGUUUCCCUCUCCAGCUUCGUGCCCGCUGUCAUUUGGCUGAUUUUGUUGUUCCUGGACGGCCAGUACUUUGCCUGCGCUAUGACAGACUGGGAGGGAAGAUUUGUGCUCGUUGACAAGGCAGCUCCGCAGAAGUGGUGCGAGCCAAUUAGAGAGGGAGAUGUCACCACACAAGAAUUAAUGCUCCGCUCACAGCGGCUGUUUGUGUUUUCUCAGGUAAUAGGAAUAAUCCUCCUCAUUUUCAUCUGUGUGGGUCUGGUCGUGUAUGUAAUCAGAGAGAGCUGCCAGCAGGAGGUGGAGAUGCAGGAUGCAGAUGUGGCUGAGCUCACCGUGCUCAGGAUGAGCUCCCUACGGACCAGAACAUCCUGAGCAGACUUGCCCUGUCCACCACAGACACUUUGUAAAUACCAGGAAAGGACUUGACAGGAGUUUUUUUCAAUCCCCCCCUCCCAGAAUAUUUUGGGGAAAAAUAUUUGAGAAUACGUGAGAAAAGUCUCCAUCAACCAGGUCACAGUGAACCAGAAGUGCUUUAAGGUCAGGCAACUGGACUUCUUGUCUGUGUUUUUGAAGAAUGCAACAGAUACAUUUGGAUAAACAGUUUGUUGUGUGAUCACUGAUGUUACCAUAUACAUCUGCAAAGGAAUGUUUUGCUUUUUUAUUAAUAUUGAGGAAUAAAUAUAAAUCAAUAUCAA